AUGGUUUAUGAAAACAUUGUUGAGGCAACAGGGGAUUUUGAUUACAAACAUUGUAUUGGUGUUGGGGGGUAUGGAAUUGUCUAUAAAGUUGAGUUGUCAACAGGUCAAGUUGUUGCUGUAAAGAAACUUCAUCCACUCUCAGAAGAUAGUGUGGCCAAUGUAAACACUUUUACCAGUGAGAUAAAUAGUCUAACUGAAAUACGACACCGCAACAUUGUAAAGCUUCAUGGUUUUUGCUCACAUCCACAGCACUUGCUUUUAGUCUAUGAGUUCUUGGAAAGAGGGAGCUUGAAAAAAAUACUAAACAAUGAUGAAUCAGCAUCAAACUUUGAUUGGGCUAAGAGGGUAAAUGUUGUCAAAGGUGUUACAAGCGCUCUAUCUUAUAUGCAUCAUGAUUGCUUACAUCCAAUAAUUCAUCGUGACAUAUCAAGCAAGAAUGUUUUGCUAGAUUCGGAAUAUGAAGCUCAUGUCUCUGACUUUGGCACGGCUAGGAUUAUGACUUCUGACGCAUCUUAUUGGACUUCAUUUGCUGGCACUUUUGGGUAUGCCGCUCCUGAACAUGCUUACACAAUGGAAGUAAGUGAAAAGUGCGACGUUUAUAGCUUUGGAGUAGUCACAUUAGAAGUAAUUAUGGGAAGGCAUCCGGGUGAUUUGAUCUCAUCAUUUCUAUCAACCUCAUUUGCAUCAUCUUCCUAUGAUGUGCUAUUAGAAGAUGUAUUGGAUCAACGGCUUGCAUUGCCUACUGGGCAAGUUAUGGAGAAGGUGGUUUUAGUGGCAAAGAUAGCAUUGGCAUGCUUGCACACCAAUCCACAUUCUCGUCCGACCAUGCAACAAGUUUAUCAAAAGCUAUCAACUUGGAAAUCCCCAUUCACAAAGCCUUUGGGCAUGAUCACAUUAAGAGAGCUUGUUGGUCUCGAAAAUCUGAUUUAAGCUUCCCAAGUGUUUUACAUAU